AUGGCUCAGCAACAGAACGAUGACAAUGUGAUGCGGAGGAAACUAGUUAUCAUUGGAGACGGUGCCUGUGGAAAGACCAGUCUGCUGAGUGUCUUUACUCUCGGCUACUUUCCUACUCACUAUGUGCCAACGGUGUUUGAAAACUAUGUCACAGAUUGCCGGGUCGACGGCCGUUCAGUGCAGUUGGCUCUCUGGGAUACAGCCGGACAAGAAGACUACGAGCGAUUGCGACCACUGGCAUACUCGAAAGCACACGUGCUUCUCAUUGGCUUCUCGGUGGACACGCCCGAUUCCCUAGAGAAUGUCAAGAAUAAGUGGAUUGACGAAGCAAAUGAACGGUGUCCCGGUGUUCCAAUCAUCCUUGUCGGUCUGAAGAAAGAUCUCCGCGAAGAUCCUCUCGCCAUCGAAGAAAUGCGGAAGAAGUCGCUCAAGUUCGUGACAACAAAAGAAGGCAACGAUACGGGAUCCCAGAUCGGUGCCCGGAAAUAUCUCGAGUGCUCGUCAUUGACCGGCGAGGGCGUCGACGACGUCUUCGAGGCAGCCACUCGAGCCGCCCUGCUUACCUUUGACAAGCGGAAAAGCUCCUGCUGCGUGGUGCUAUGA